AGCCCCUUCCAGUCUGCCGGCACACACACGCAACUGCCGGAACGACUGACCAAGAAUGGACGCCACCCGCGCCCUCCUCCUGCCCCGGUCCGACGGCGCCGUGCCCGGCGUGGUCGACUUCCGCGGCGGCCCCGCCCCGCGCGCCUCCACCGGCCGAUGGUCCGCCGCCAUGUUCGUCCUCGGUGUGGAGAUCGCGGAGCGGUUCGCGUACCACGGGGUGUCGGCGAACCUCAUCAGCUACCUGACGGGCCCGCUGGGGGAGUCGACGGCCGGCGCCGCCGCGGCAAUCAACGCGUGGAGCGGCGUGGCCACGAUGCUGCCGCUGCUGGUGGCCUGCGUCGCCGACGCCUGGCUCGGCAGGUUCCGCACCAUCGUGCUCGCCUCCAUCCUCUUCGUCGUGAGCAUGGGCAUGUUAACCUUGUCCUCCGCGCUCCCGGUGUUCCACUCGGACGGGUGCACCAGCUUCACCUCGCUGUCGGGCGCGUGCUCGCCGUCCCCGGUGCAGGUGACCAUCUUCUACGUGUCGCUGUACCUGGUGGCGCUGGCGGAGGCCGGGCACAAGCCGUGCGCGCAGGCGUUCGGCGCCGACCAGUUCGACCAGCACCACCCCGAGGAGUCCGUCUCCAGGAGCUCCUUCUUCAACUGGUGGUACUUCGGCAUGUGCUCCGGCACCGCCGCCACCACCAUGGUCUCCAGCUACAUCCAGGACAACAUCGGCUGGGGCCUCGGCUUCGGCAUCCCCUGCCUCGUCAUGGUCUUGGCGCUCGCCAUCUUCUUGCUCGGCACCCGGCGGUACCGCUACUACACCUCCACCCAGUCCAGCCCCUUCGCCCGCCUCGCCAGGGCCUUCGUCGCGCUCAUCAAAGGCUCCAAAUCCAGCCAGUGCGCCAGCACUCUUGCGGGCGAGGAUGCCGAGUUCAACGCGGAUCACCGGGAGGAAGUGAGGGGCCUGCUGCGGCUGUUCCCAAUCUGGGCGACGUGCAUCAUCUACGCCGUCAUCUUCUCCCAGUCGUCCACCUUCUUCACCAAGCAGGCCGCGACGCUGGACCGGCGGAUCGGCGCCACGUUCCGCGUGCCGCCGGCGGCGCUGCAGACGUUCAUCAGCCUGACCAUCAUCACCUUCAUCCCGGUCUACGACCGGCUGUUCGUGCCGGCGGCGCGGCGGUUCACGCGCCUGUCCUCGGGCAUCACCAUGCUGCAGAGGAUCGGCACCGGGCUGGUCCUGGCGCUGGUAGCCAUGGUGGUGGCGGCGCUGGUGGAGGCGAGGCGGCUGGGCGUGGCGAGGGAGGCCGGGCUGGUGGACGACCCCAAGGCGGCUCUGCCGAUGAGCCUGUGGUGGAUGGUGCCGCAGUACGUGCUGUUCGGGCUGUCGGACGUGUUCGCCAUGAUCGGACUGCAGGAGUUCUUCUACGACCAGGUCCCCGACGCGCUGCGCAGCCUCGGGCUCGCCUUCUUCCUCAGCAUCUUCGGGGUGGGCCACUUCUUCAGUAGUUUCCUCAUAUCUGCCAUUGACGGCUACACCAAGAAGAGCGGUGCCAGCUGGUUCUCCAACAACCUCAACCGCGCGCACCUCGACUACUUCUACUGGCUCCUCGCCGGGCUCUGCGCGGCGGAGCUGGCCGCGUUCGUGGUUGUCUCGCGCGUCUAUGUGUACAAGAAGAGGGUCGCUCACCAUGACCAUGACCAUCACGACGGCGGCGCUGUCAUGUAGUAAUCACUUGUAAGGUGUUCAUCCUUUUCGCGAAUGUACAGAUGUAUAGCGUUAUAGUAUAAGAGUUAAAUUCACUCACGGUACUUGUCCUCUCCGUAUAAACUCACUUUGGUCA